AUGCACAAAUCACAACGACGACUACGGACACUACAACAACAACUACUGCCACUACAACCAAAACGACGACUACCACUACGAGCACAGCAACGACUACCACUACCACUACAACCAAAACAACAACUACCCCGACGACUACCACAACAACUACCACUACGACCACAACAACGAGUACCACUACGACCACAGCAACAAGUACCACUACGACCACAACAACAAGUACCACUACGACCGCAACAACGACUACCACUACAACCAAAACAACAACUGCCACUACGACUACAACAACAACUACCACUACGACCACAACAACAAGUACCACUACAACCAAAACAACAACUACCACUACGACCGCAACAACGACUGCCACUACGACUACAACAACAACUAGCACAACUUCGACAAAGACGACGACGACUACUACGAUGA